ACUUGAACCAUUCUGAUUUAAACACAUGUCAUAGAGUUCAUUUAUCCUCGUCACGUCUGUUGGUUCCAUCAUCCACCAGUCUAUCAAACUGAAAGCACCCAAGGCUUAAUAAGUUAUAUGUUCGACUGGAUCUCACUGGCUUCCAAGGCUUUAUUGCUGCUUAUACUUAUCUACUCGUCAUCUUUCAUGUUUUCGUCAAAAAAAUGGAGUCCAAAGGGGUUGCAUGUCUAUAUCACAGGCGGCAGUCAAGGUCUCGGACUUGGACUCGCCAAACUCCUUGCGCGGAAAGGUGCUCACGUUUCUAUAGUAGCAAGAAACCAAACCAAACUCGACAAUGCUUUAAAAGAACUCGAGGCCAAUCGCCAAAGCCCAGACCAAGUAUUCAAAGCCUUUUCCUUCUCUCUGAACACUGCGGAGGGAUCUGCAGCUGCUCUUCAAGCUGCUAGCGAUGCCCACGGCGGCCAAGUUCCAGAUGCCGUUUUCACAUGUGCAGGUACUGCAAAACCAAUGUACUUCCUCGAAAUGCAGCCAGAGGACCUCUCACGUGGAAUGGAGAACGGGUUCUGGAUACAGGCGUGGACUGCAUUUGCUGCUGCUAAGCAAAUGGUGCGCGAGAAUAAGAAGGGGGGGAAGAUUGUACUGGUGUCUUCGACUCUUGGAUAUAUGUCUUUGAUUGGAUAUUCUUCGUAUUCGCCUCCAAAGCAUGCUCUGCGUGGACUGGGUGAUUCGUUGCAUUCAGAACUGAUGCUCUAUGGCAUCGAUACUCACAUCUUCUUCCCUCCGACAAUGUAUACACCUGGUUUUGAAGAAGAAAACAAGACGAAGCCGGUUAUUACUAAAGCGAUUGAGGCGGCGGAUGAAGGUCUGACACCGGACCAGGCUGCCGCUGGAUUGUUCUCAGGUGUCGAGAAAGGUCAAGCACACAUCACCGCUGAUUUCAUUACAAGUGUGUUCCGAGCUUCGACGCGUGGCUGUGCGCCCAGGAGUAAUGGUGCUCUCGAUUUUGUGUUGGAUUUGAUUGCUUUGGUUGGGAUACCGUUUUGGAGACGUUCGGUUGACAAGCAGGUGCUUGCGCAUCGCGCUGAACAUAGGGAGUACUUGAGGAGUAAGGGAUUGGUCGAUUGAGGCUGGGGUGUUGAGCUUGCGGAUAUAUUCCAUAGUAGCUUUACUUUCCUGUUGUGAUCGACUGCAUGCGGACAUUUCUGUCCUCUACCUUAGUUUUCCCUAUAAUUUCUUCUAUAUGUUUCUCACUUUUGAACUAUGCAACGUUUAGAGUUU